AUGCGCAGGACUUGGCAGACACCAUUCAAUUCUGCCUCCAUCCUGAUUCCCAGGCAGCCGCCCGAGGUGUCGCGGAGUGAAUGGGCCACGAAUCGGGAGCUUAUCAAUAGAGAACAUGCGAUGCCAUCUCAUUACUUCCGAGCCCGCCGCAUGGCGAUUCAAACAGUCUUCCAGGCCCGCGUAUACUCGUCAAAGGUUACAGCGGAGAUGGUGGUCCAACAUCAUCGCUUGAAGAUGACCGAGCUUCAGUCGUUAGUAUACUUCCUAGUCUUACUCGCAUUCACACUCGCGGCGUCCAACUUGAUUAGCAAUCUGCAAAUAACAAAGUACGAAGUUUACCUAGUCGUCAUACAGAAUCGGGGAUGGGAUCCGUUACAGGGACCGCUUCCUCACUUCUCGGUAACCGUACCGAUAUUCUCAAAGCAACAGGCGGCAUCUUUUCUUCGUUCGUACGUAGAAUUCCGUCGCAUGUCUCGAAGUCAAUCAGGGCCUGUCAGUCCUGAAUCUCCCCGCUCCCGAUCUGCCAGCAUGACACUCACAAUGGAGGAAUUUUCCAUGAACUCAAUGGACAGCACCAAGUCCUCAAAGCUAAAGACCACUGGCAUGUCUAUUGGAGUCAGCGAGGAUUCUGGGCAAGGUAGUCAGCUAUGA